GGUACGCUCGGAUCGUGUUGGCUCUGGUGUCGUUCUCCCUGAUGCAGUGCUGCCCGUGGCCCGCCAUGUUCUGCUACCUGCUGAGCGCUUUGUUGGACGCCUUCGAUGGUCACGCUGCUCGAGCUCUGGACCAGUCCACUAAGUUCGGGGCCAUGUUGGACAUGCUGACGGACCGCUGUGCCACCAUGUGUCUGCUGGUCAACCUGUCUCUGCUCUACCCCUCCUUCACCUUCCUGUUCCAGCUCAGCAUGUGUCUGGACGUGGCCAGCCAUUGGCUGCACCUGCACAG